AUGGCCAUCGGAGGAUUCUUCAAAGAAGUAGUAUUACCCGAGCAAAAAUCUUAUGGUGACAGUGUUCUGUUCCCUGCAGUGCUGUCCCCAACCAUUAACACUAGUUUUACAGUAUUCGAAGAGGCUAUCAAAGCUGAGAUGCCAUGGCUGGAUUCUCUUUUAAAGGAAAGAGGUGCUAUUCUCUUCCGAGACUUCCCUGUUACCUCUCCCUCUGACUUUAAUGAUGUUGUGGAAGCUUUCGGCUACCCUGAAGCACCUUACAUUGGUGGGCGGGCCUCUAGAACCCAAGUAAUUGGCAGGGUUUACACUGCUAAUGAAACUCCUCCUGAUAAACGAAUCCCUUUCCAUCAUGAGAUGGCAUAUGUUCCAGAUUACCCUUCCAAAAUAUGUUUUUAUUGUGAAGAAGCACCAGGAAGCGGGGGACAGACUCCGAUAGUUUUGAGUCAUAUAGUAUACGAUAAGAUGAAAGAAAGGCACCCAGAGUUUGUUGCACGUCUCGAGGAGCAUGGAGUGACGUAUAUAAUUUUGACAGGUGAUGAGGACCAACCAUCAUCGUCCACUGGUAGAGGUUGGAAGUCAGCGUACAAUACUGAUGACAAGAAAGUUGCAGAGGAAAGGGCAGCGAAGCUGGGGACAAGGCUCGAAUGGAUGGGAAAUGCUGCCAAAGUUAUAGCAGGUCCAAUGCCCGCCAUCAGAUUCGACAAGGAAAGUCAAAGGAAGACGUGGUUCAAUAAUUUGACUGGUCCAGUACAUGGUAGUCGUAAAAUUCAUGAUAAGGGUGCAUUUGCUGAGCUUGGAAAUGGUGAAGCUGUGGAUGAUGAUAUCAUGGAAGACUGCAUGAGAAUACUGGAUGAAGAAUGUGCUAUAAUACCUUGGAAGAAAGGUGAUGUCAUGCUUGUUAAUAAUUUGACGGUUCUUCAUGCCCGUGAGCCACUACUAAAACCACCUCGCCGGGUACUUGCAGCCAUUUGCAAAUGACAGGACGAUAAAGAGAAAAAAGUACUUAUUAUAUUCUUCCAUUUGAAUAGCCAUAUUUCACUUUCUCGUUGCAGUAUAAUAAUUUUUCUUGCAUAAACGUUUGGAAAUAAGUUCGCUAGAACCAAAGAGUUUAGAUAAAUCUAUGUAUUGUUAAUGAAAAUAAAUAUGUC